GGGGCGUCUGCUGAAGCCGCACCCGCUCACGCCGCCGCCGGACAUGUCUCCGUUCUUCCUGCGACAAUACGUGAAGGGUCACGCAAACGACGUGUUUGAAGCUUACCCGCAGCUGCUGACAGAGAUGGUGUUGAGACUGCCCUACCAGAUGAAGAAGAUAGCUGACUCGGUUCCCUCCGUCACUACGCCGGUCUUCGACCAGGCUUGGUUCUACUACCUCUGCGAGUACAUGAUGACUCAGCAGACGCCGUUUGUGCGCAGGCAGGUGCGCAAGCUGCUGCUCUUCAUCUGCGGCUCCAAGGACAAGCAUCGGCAGCUGCGCGACCUUCACGCCCUCGAGUCUCACAUGAAGAACGUCAAGGUUCUCUGUGCGCAGGGUGGGUUCGACUUCAAUACUAGCAGUGCGUGUAGUGCCAUCAGCCUGACGUACGACAACCUGAUCUCACUCAUCGAACACCUGAAGGCGUGCGCCGACAUCGCCAGCACACGCACGAGCAACUGGCAGAAAUUCUGUCAGAAGGACGAGAGCGUGCUAUCAUUCCUCAUCCAGGUCAGCUUUCUCUUCAACGAGGGCGUCUACCCCAUCGUGCUGCAGCUGCUGCAGUGUGCGCUGUGUGGUGCCAGGGCUGCGCAGUCAGCCGCGGCAGCCGCCUCCGCGUCAGGGGCGCCCUCUGGUGUGUCGAGAAGCAGCUCGCCAGCGAAGCACAGCAGGGACAGAGCGGAGAAGGAGAAAUCUGAAGAGGCGGACGGUCAGAAGUACGACGAGGCGCUGUGCAUCAGUCUCGUGCAGCAGGUGAACCGGUUCGUCGACGCGGCGAUGCUCAGCCAGUUCCUGCGAUGCUUCCUCCUCGACAGCAACUCCACCUCCGUGCGCUGGCAGGCCCACGCUCUCAUCCUGCACAUAUACAGGAACUCUACACUCACGCAGCAGGUCAAUCUGCUCGCUCUCAUGUGGAAGAUCUGGCCGGAGCUGCCCAACUACGGACGCAAGGCUGCGCAGUUUGUAGACCUGCUCGGAUACUUUGCUCUGAAGACCCCUCACUCGGAGAAGAAGGCGAAUGACUUUGUGGAGCGUGCCGUGGCGGUGCUGCGCACGCAGAACCAGCUGCUGGCCAACCAUCCGAACGCUAACAUCUACAACAUGCUGUCUGGUCUCGUCGAACUCGAUGGAUACUACUUGGAGAGCGACCCCUGCCUCGUGUGCAGCAACCCGGAGGUGCCCUUCGCGGGCAUCAAGCUGUCGUCGAUCAAGGUCGACUCUCGCUUCACGACGACGACACAGAUUGUGAAGCUCAUCGGCAGUCACGUGAUCAGCAAGGUCACGCUGAGGGUCACCGACCUCAAGCGCACGAAGAUGGUGCGCACCGUCAACUUCUACUACAACAACCGCUCCGUGCAGGCCGUCGUCGAACUGAAAAACAAGCCGCAGAUGUGGCAUCGCGCCAAGAAAUGCUCGUUGACUGCGGGACAGACAGAGUUGAAGGUGGAGUUCCCUCUCCCUAUCGUCGCCUGCAACCUGAUGAUCGAAUACGCAGACUUCUACGAGAACUUCCAGGCGUCUGCAGAGACGCUGCAGUGUCCUCGCUGCAGUGCGUCUGUGCCGUCGUAUCCAGGCGUCUGCAACAACUGUGGCGAGAAUGUGUUCCAGUGUCAUAAGUGCAGGGCCAUCAAUUACGAUGAAAAAGAUCCGUUCCUCUGCAAUGCGUGCGGCUUCUGCAAGUAUGCCAAGUUUGACUACAACCUGACAGCGAAGCCUUGCUGUGCAGUAGAUCCUAUCGAGAAUGAAGAGGAUAGGAAGAAGGCGAUCAGCAACAUUAACAGCCUGCUGGAGAAAGCAGACAGAGUGUACAAGCAGCUGGUGUCGUACAGACCCACGCUUGACGCCCUGCUGCAGCGUGUCAGCGAACACGGGGGAGAGAAAAUACCGGAAGGUGACAACAACGAGACUCCAGCGAGCAGUGUCAACCGAGCGAUACAACUGCUCGCUCAGAAAUACUGCGGAGAGUGCAAGGCCGCCUUCGACGACCUCAGUAAAAUCAUACAGAAAGUGCUAGCCACCAGAAAAGAACUGAUCGAAUACGACCGCCAACAGCUGGAGCAGAGUUCUAAUGCCCAGCAGGGGGCGCUAGAUAGUAACCAAAUGCCCAGGGUGCAGCACGUGCCAUCCUGUGAAGAGAAGCGAUACAGUGUGUUGUCGUCUGGUCGUUGCUAUGGUUGCGCCAGCGCUGCGAUGGAGCAUUGCAUCACGCUGCUGCGAGCUCUCGCCAUCAACUCUAAGACCAGACAGAUCCUCUGCAAUCAGGGCCUCAUCGGCGAGCUGAUCGACUACAACCUGCGUCGCGGCACAGCGCAGAGCCGCGGCGACGUGCGCCAGCUGCUCUGCCUGCUCACCAAGGACAACGCGCGUGCGACCGACGAGCUGAACGGCGUACUGAUGCGGCGCAUCGCCGGCGCCCUGCGCACGCACCGCAACAUGCCGGACGUCGCCGCGUCUGUGCGUCACGAGGUGACGCUGCUCGCCGCCUCCGUGCAGAAGGAGGACAAGUGCUGGGAGCAGCGCGUGCGAUGCGUUCUGCGUCUUUUCCUGAUGAGUGUGAACACACACAGUCCUGUUGUCAUGGAGAAUAUCACUCUACCCUGCUUGAAGAUCCUACACCAUCUCAUCAAACCUGAUGCACCGACCAGCAAGAAGAACAGGGACCGAUCUGUGGAGUCCAUCCUAUCCGUGAGGACGGCCAGCUCAGAGGUGAGAGUGGACGCAAGAAACUGGCUAAGUCACAACAGUCAGAACUCUUUCCACACGUGGAAACAACUGAAGGCCUCUGAACCUGCCGUUACAGAACCUGUAGUCGUGGUGCCAGCAGCACCUUCCACGGGUAAGCUGGACAAGAAUGAAGCGAGAAUUAGAUACUUAAUGGAGAAAUAUGGCAGAAGAUGGAAAGAGAGAACUAAGAAGCUGAAACAAGCUGGUGGGCUUACGAGCAUGAAGUUACUGGACAGUGCCUGGCUGCGACAUGUCAUCUUCUCGCCUAGUUCGCGCGCUGCCCGCCAGGUGGCGUGUAACAUGCUCGAGGUGAUGUGUCAGGCACCUAGCAGAAAGCGGGAGAUACUGGACCUUCUGACGGGCUACUUGGAUGAGCUGGGCAGGAGCGGGGAGAGCGCUACAGAGUUCCUCGCUCUCUACCAGCGACUCAUGAAGACCUCGCACUGGAAGAACUAUCUCGCCAGGCGCGGAGUGUUGCCACACAUCGGCAAUCUCAUCAUCAAGGAAAUCGAGCAGUUGACAGCUUUGGAGGAAACGACCUUGAACUCUGACCUGUCUCUUGGCUUUGCACUGAAAGCACUCACCGAGCUGCUGGCAUCCUUCGUGGAGCAGGACACGAUCAAGCAGCAGUUUAAGGGCCGGCUGGUUGGCGUCGUGCUCAACGGCUACCUGUCUCUGCGCAAGCUCAUCGUUCAGCGCACCAAGCUCAUCGACGAGACGCAGGAGAAGCUGCUAGAGCUGCUCGAAGAGAUGACCACCGGCACGGAGUCAGAGACGCGGGGCUUCAUGGUCGUGUGCGUCGAGACGCUGUCCAAGUACGGGCUGGAGGACAUCCGCACGCCCGUCUACAUAUUCGAGCGACUCUGUAGCAUCAUCUACCCGGAGGAGAAUGACAUUGGAGAGUUCUUCAUCACGCUCGAGAAGGAUCUGCAGCAGGAGGACUUCCUGCAGGGUCGCAUGCUGGGCAACCCCUACAGCUCCCUCGAGCCGGGACUCGGACCCCUCAUGCGAGACGUCAAGAACAAAAUCUGCCAGGACUGUGAGCUGGUGGCGCUGCUGGAAGACGACAGCGGCAUGGAACUGCUUGUCAACAACAAGAUCAUCAGCCUCGACCUUCCCGUCAAGGACGUCUACAAGAAAACAUGGCUGCCAGACGGCGAGGGUGAGGCGAUGCGCAUCGUCUACCGCAUGCGCGGCCUGCUAGGGGACGCCACCGAGGAGUUCAUCGAGUCGCUCGACAUGAAGAAGGACGAGGCGGUCGACAACGAGGCCGUGUACAAGAUGGCGACCGUCAUGAGCGAGUGCGGCGGGCUCGAGUCGAUGCUGAAGAGGCUAGCCGCCAUCAAGGACAUCAACCGGGGGCGCCCUCUGCUGGUGGUCUUGCUGAAGCUGGUUGGCUUCUGCGUGAAGGUGAAGGUGAAUCGCGUUCGCCUCAUUGAUCCCGCGCUCAACACCAUCAACAUCAUGCUGGGAGCUCUGAAUCAGGUGUUGCUGGUGGAGCAGGCGGACAGCGCGACCUUAGCUGAGCAGCUGCUCACCGUCAUGGAGACGAUCCUAGCUGAAGCCAGCGCCCAGCACGGAGACUCGUUCAAGGCAUUUGCGCGUUACUGCGGCGACAAGAACCAGCUAACGCUGCUGCUGGACCGCAUCAACAGCGGCUUCAUCCGGCAGAACCACGCCGUCCUGCAGGGACUCAUGCGUCUCAUCCCGUUCCUGACCUUCCGCGACGAUGAGAAGAUGAACACCCUCAUCUCUCACUUCAAGCACUACUGCGACUUCAACAAGUUUGACUGUGAGCACACGCCGGACGAGAGUGUGCACCUGGACUGCUUCUGCGUGAUUGCGAGCAGCAUCGAGUGCAACGACAACGGCACGCACCUCAAGGACCUGAUCCUGGUGAGCGGGAUCGUGCGCAGCGCCGUCGACUACAUCCUGCUGCACGCGGCGCCCUCUAAGGCCGACAGCGUCAUCAUUUCGGACUCGCCCGAGUGGAAGGAGUUCAUCGGUAAGCCGGCGCUGCCGCUCAUCCUGCGUCUGCUGACCGGGCUCUGCCGCGGUCACCCGCCCACGCAGCUCCUCGUAGCCGAGGGACUGCCCGUCAUACACAAACUAGAACAGGUUCGUCACUCGGCGCCAGGUGGCGCCACGAGGAUGUUGGAUCGAUCGUUCAAGCCGUUUAGCGUCUACAAGCCGUAUCUGUUGUUCGUUGGAAUGAUUGACUUGCUCUACAAGACGAUGCUGAAGGUGUCGGUGAGGGAAGGCAGUGACUGGCCGACGAGCGUCGCCGAGUACAUCCGGCAGGGCGACGCCGUGCUGCUGGAGGCUGCCGACACCGUCCUGACGACGUUUCAGGAGGAGAUGCUGCCUUGCGAGUCCUGCACAGAGUUCUACGACGUGCUCGGAGUACUAGGCGAUAUAAGUGACACGUUCAUGGCAGACUUGUUUGCUUCCAUGCCUGCGCAGUGAAGCAAGCAAUAACACUCACCCACCCUCAGCGUGACAAUGACCACCCAGCAAGGAUUCACGCUUCUGUCGGCACGUGUUAAUUUGCCGUCCGCUCGGUUUAGUUGUAUUGGUAUAACUCGACGAUCGGCGUUGUUAUCUGUCGUAAAACUUGUGAUGAUGGUGAGUCACACGAUUUGUUUUGAUUUUUGACUUUCCUCCCCACAUUACGCAGUUUUAAUCAAUUAUUAUUUUACUGCUAAUUGUAUACAUGCGGGCACUCUUUGGGAUUUGGGUCUAUUGAAUAUGAAUGGAAUUUGUGACGAAAUAUGGCACAGGAAGUACACUAGAAGUCUUAACUGUGGUUAUGCUAUUAGCGUAUAAAUGGGUAAGCCCAAGCAGAGAACUCUUCUAAAGAAAACCAUUUACCAUGGUCGAUCUUUUCUUUUUUUUCGUGGAUAUUAUCAAUGGUAUGCAGUGCAUAGCAUAUGUAUAUCAAAGAGAAUAAAUGUAAGCAGGCGAG